AUGGAUGGAAGCAAGGACGAGGCGCUGAAAUGCCUGAAGUUCGGUAAAAACGCCCUGGAGAAUGGCGAUCGCUCCCCCGCCCUCAAGUUCCUGUCCAAAGCGCGACGCCUGAAUCCCAGCCUGCCGGUCGAUAGCCUCCUAGCGCAGAUCAACAGUGCAGAAUCUGUUCCUCGUCCGGAGGCUCCGCAAUCCAAAGGUUGCCCCGACGAUCUACGUAGUCGGAGGAAUGCCGGCUCAUCCUCGUCUCCCUCGGCCGCAGCUUCUAAGAAUAGGGUUCCUUCGGAUGUUUCUUCGAGAGAGUAUACAGAGGAGCAGAUUACUGUCGUCAGGCAGGUCAAGAAGCAGAGGGAUUACUACGAGAUGCUUAGAUUGGAGAGGAAUUGCACCGUGGAUGAUGUGAAAAAGGCGUAUCGGAAACUCUCCUUGAAGGUGCACCCAGAUAAGAACAAGGCACCCGGAGCUGAGGAGGCCUUCAAGGCGGUGUCCAAAGCCUUCCAGUGUCUCCAUAAUGAGGAGAGCAGGAGAAGAUACGAUCUAAGUGGAUCCGACGAACCUACUCACCACAGGCCCCCCGCAGCUAGGCACGGCAUGAACGGGUUCAGCGGCUUCUAUGAGGCCGAAAUCGACCCCGAGGAGAUCUUUAGGAAUUUCUUCUUUGGUGGAAUGCCUCAGCCAACAACCCCUUCCCAGACGUUCAGGUUUAGAACCGGAGCCACAGGAGGACGACGUACCCACCAUGAUAUGCAAGGAUCUGACGGCUUCAAUCUCCGUGCAGUUCUUCAGAUACUGCCCGUGAUCCUACUGGUCCUCCUGAACUUCUUUCCAUCCUCACACCCACCUUACAUGCUCUCGAAAUCUCACCCCUAUGAGCAGAGGCUCGAGACAGAACGCGGCGUACCGUAUUUUGUCAGGUCGGGGAAAUUCGAAAAGGAGUAUCCUUAUGAGAGUGUUGAGAGGGCGGCACUCGAGGAAAAGAUCGAGCGAGAGUAUGUACGAAUUGUUUUGCAUCAUUGCCGGUAUGAGCUACAACGACAGCGGUUGGGAUUGGCCAAUAAAACGCCACAUUGUGAGAUGUUUCGGAGGUACGAGGCAACAGCCUCUGCUACUGCUGCUGCUACUACCGCUUAA